AUGCGCCACGUUACCACCUAUCACUCCUUCAUACCAAUAAGUCUACCUGACGCCCCACUCGAAGUUACUCCGUACCUAACAUCUUCAGUAGACUACUACAAAGUCCUCGAAAUCGACGUCAAAGCCUCGCAACAGCAAAUCCGCGAUGCCUACAAAAAAGCAGCACUAAAGCACCACCCAGACCGCGUGCCCUCGGACUCACCCGAGCGCGCAAGUCGCACAAAGCGCUUCCAGCAAAUCAACGACGCAUACUACACGCUCUCGGACACCACGCGCCGCCGCGACUACGACGCCGCACGCACAUACAACAGCUUCACAGGCACCACCGCAACGCCCGACCCGGAGUUUGACGAGGAGAUACCUCACGAUGCCAAUGCCAACGCGGGUGCCGGUACAGGAUUCGCCCAAGGCUUCCCCUGGUCCGCAUUCGGCUUUGGGUCCGCGCCAGCAGGCACAACGGAAGAAUCGCACAACCGCUUCUCCGAAGAGCAGUUCGGCGGCAUCUUUGAGGAGAUGCUGCGCGAAGAGGGUAUGGCGGAUGCAGAGGCCCAUCCUACAGGCAAGUUCUGGAGUUUAGUCGGCGGACUCAGUGGUGGCGCCAUGGGAUUCAUUGUUGCCAAUUUUCCCGGUAUGGUUGCCGGGGCUGUCGCGGGGAAUCGAUUGGGCGCGGUUAGGGAUGCUAAGGGGAAGAGUGUCUAUGCGGUCUUUCAGGAGAUGCCGCAGGCGGAUAAGGCGAGGCUGUUGAGUAGUCUUGCCGCUAAAGUGUUUGCUAAUGUGGUUUCUGCCUAA